AUGAAGAACCUCCUGAUUUUCUUGCUUCUGGGGCUGGUGGCUGUCCUGAAGGCCCAGGAAGCCCCACCAGAUAACCAGGAGGAUUACUCUGGGAUCUGGUACACAAAGGCCAUUGUACACAAUGGAAGCCUACCCAGUCACAUGAUACCUUCAAAGGUUUUCCCUGUGGUGGUAACAGCCCUGGAAGGAGAAGACAUGGAAGUCAAGGUUACAUUCUGGAAGAAAGGGCAGUGUCAUGAGUUUAAAAUUGUGAUGAAGAAAACCGACGAGCCUGGCAGAUACACCACCUUUCACGGCAAGAGGUUCGUAUAUGUCGAAGAGCUGUCAGUGAAGGACCACUACAUCUUCUACUGUGAAAGCCAUCAACGUGGGAAGUUGUUUGGCAUGGGAAAGCUCAUGGGGAGAGACUCUAAGGAAAACCCAGAGGCCGUGGAAGAAUUUAAGGAAUUCGUACAGCGCAAGGGACUCAGAGAGGAAAACAUCUUCAUACCAGAGAUGAGUGGUCCCCUCACCUCUCACAGGGUUGCCAGGGCCCUGCUUCAGGUCUUGGCCGUGGGAGGGGCUGAGCUGCAGGUGUGA